CUUUUUGCAGCUUUCGCCCCUCUAACAGGAAGAGAGAGACGCAGCGAGCCUAGAGCCAGACAGAGCAGGAGCGGCUAUCAGUUAUAACAACGAAAUGAGACAGACCUUAAAACUCUGAAGCUGACCUCAUGUUGAUCUCCUCUUGAAAACUGCCUGGGCCAGAAUAACCUGGGUGUCUCCAGACAGAGGAAGGGAGAAGUAUUUGGAAAGGAUGUUUUCCCACCAGCCAUGGUAUCAUGGCAAUAUCACUCGGUCUACAGCAGAGGACCUCCUCUCCAAAGCAGGCAAGGAUGGGAGCUUCCUUCUGCGGGACAGCGAAUCCAUACAGGGAGCUUAUGCCCUCUGUGUUCUGUACCAGAACUGUGUGUACACCUACAGAAUAUUACCAAAUGAGGACAAAAAACUAUCAGUCCAGGCAUCAGAAGGUGUGCCUAUUCGGUUCUUCACUCUGCUGCCAGACCUGGUAGAGGCAUAUUAUAAAGAGAACAUGGGUCUGGUCACACACCUUCAGUAUGCUGUGCAGAAGGAGAAGGAGGAGGAGCCGGAGGAGGAACCAGAACAAAUUAUUUUGCCGCCUCAGUUGCCACCCAGGAAUAUCUCAGGUAAUGAAAGUAAAGAUUGCCACAGUGAUUCGUCCAGAGGAACCGAUAGAGGAACAGAGCUUGCCCGGCCCUCCAUCUCAGACACCUAUCUCCAGCGUUUGCAGCAAAUCGACAUAUCAAAUCUAUCAGAGGACCACCAGAAGUCCAUUCAGGAGUAUUUCCGCACAUCUGUGUGUCUGGAUGCAGAACAGGUGCAGAAUGGGAACCCGACUCUUCCUCACUUAAAAAAGCUCAUACAGAGUAUCUGCAAAAUCCUAAACAGUGAAAUUGCUCGCACACUUCCGAGUCUUGAGGCACUGCAGAAAGUUUUGGAUCCACCACUGUCUCCUGGAGCUGGGAGACUAAGGAGUCAGCUUUCUGGAGAUGCAAAUCAGUCCGUGGCUUUCAAACUGGAGCAACUGACUAAGCUUAUAUAUUCAAUAGAAGACAAGACCAAGAAUGCUGUGUUUGAUUUUGUCGGAUAUGAUGGAGGGCACAGAAAGUCACUUAUUCCUCCUGUGAUGUUCGAAGUCAAAUGUGACUCCCUCGGUAUAUCAAUCAAAACGUAUCUUAAAGUAGACGUGGAAGGCGGGAAGGUUUACUUCAAGAAGUCCAAAGAUGGACCUGAGGAUAAAUAUUUUGUGCACAAUAAAAUCUUGCAGUUGGUGAAGUCACAGAAGAUGCAUAACAGACUAGCAUUGGUGGUCGAGACAGAGAAGGAAAAAACUCAGCGCAAAGACUAUGUCUUUGAUGACACAAAGAAAAGAGAAGGCUUCUGCCAGCUUCUACAGCAGAUGAAGAACAAGCACUCAGGAAAACCUGAGCCGGAUAUGAUCACCAUAUUUGUUGGCACCUGGAACAUGGGAAAUGCGAAUCCACCACAAAACAUCACUUCCUGGUUGCAGUCAAAGGGUCAGGGAAAAACCCAUGAUGACACAGCCAAUCAAAUCCCACAUGAUAUCUAUGUAAUUGGGACACAGGAGGACCCAAUGGGAGAGAAGGAUUGGAUAGAAACCGUUAGGGGAGCCCUUAGGGAUAUAACCAACAUUAGCUUCAAACAAAUAGCCACUCAGACACUGUGGAGUAUACGAAUUGUGGUUCUAGCCAAGCCUGAACAUGAGAACCGCUUCUCUCACGUCUUCUCUGAUAGUGUUAAGACUGGCAUAGCUAAUGCUCUGGGGAAUAAAGGAGCAGUGGGGGUGUCUUUUAUGUUUAAUAGAACCUCAUUUGGGUUUGUCAACAGUCACCUGACCUCAGGAAGUGAAAAGAAACUGAGGCGAAACCAGAACUACAUCAGUAUUCUGCGUUUUCUGAAUCUGGGAGAUAAGAAACUUAAUCCUUUUGACAUCACACAUCGCUUCACACACCUCUUCUGGCUGGGGGAUCUGAAUUAUAGGGUUGACCUACCAUCACAGGAAGCUGAGAACAUUGUGAUGAAGAUCAAACAGCAGCAGUAUCAGGAACUGCUGGCAAGAGAUCAGCUGACCAUAGAGAGGGAAGAGAGAAAGGUCUUCUUAGAAUACGUGGAGGAGGAGAUUACAUUUGCUCCCACGUAUCGUUUUGAGAGAGACACACGGGAGAGAUAUGCCUACACUAAAGCCAAAGCCACAGGGACAAAAUACAACUUGCCUUCAUGGUGUGAUCGUGUGCUUCGCAAGUCCUACCCUAUGGUGCAUGUGGUUUGCAACUCAUAUGGAUGCACCAAUGAUAUCAUGACAAGUGACCAUUCCCCUGUAUUUGCCACAUUUGAUGUUGGUGUGACUUCUCAGUUUGUCUCAAAAAAUGACCUGUCAACGGAUGCUCAGGGUGCUAUAAAGAUCAUGAACUGUGUGGCUAUCCUUUUGACUAAAUCCAAGACCAAGUUCUUCAUUGAGUAUCACUCAAGCUGCUUGGAGAAGUUUGUGAAGAGUCCUGAAGGAGAAAACCAAGAGAACACUGAGGGCUCAAUAAAAGUACGAUUUGGGGGACAAGUUGAGCUCACGCCCAUCAUUGCAGACCCAGAAUACCUCCUUGAUCAGCACAUACUCAUUUGCAUUAAAUCUACAGAUUGUGAUGAGUCAUAUGGUGAGGGCUGUGUUGCUCUGCGUUCUGCUGAAAGCUCUUACACUGAGUUCUCUAUCAAACUCACCCAUCAUGGUGAGCACACAGGCCAUCUAACGGGUGGCAUUCAACUCCCCAAAUCUGAAGGAAAACAGGCAGAGAAGCUCUAUGAUUUCAUUAAAAUCGGAGAUGACCCAGGAGCUGGUAAAGGGAAAUCAGGAGAUAAUAGCAAAAUGUCUUCUUCAGUCCUCGCCUCUGAUAUAAGUAACCCCAGUUAUAUGGGCGUAGGCUACAAGAGCAAUAACCAGACAGACAGGGGCGCCAGCAACAUUAUGUCCCCUAGAACAGGGCCAACCUCUGGACAUUCAUCAAAGGACAUGACGCAUGGCAAUCUCUCCCCAAAAAAGUCUAAUUAUGACCAUGCUACAUCCAGCCCAACUGCAAAGACAUCAAACCCUGUAUCUGAGGAUGGGAAAACACCAGAGAUGUUUGACAAUCCCCUUUAUGGCUCAAUGAGUGGAUCACGAGGGGGGAAAGACCAUCUGUCUCCUCCAGAUCCUCACUUCUCCUUCCCCAAAACAGACCUUGACGCUGAUCGCCAGGCCCCUGUUCCGACCCCCCGCUAUCGCUCCUUCACCUGUUCAGAAACCAAACCUCCCUCAUCCUCAGCCACAAACAUCAUGAGCAGCGGUCUACAAUCCCAGAUCAUCACCAAGAAGCCUGUGGUGCCUUCUCGCUCUGAAGGGGGCAUGACUGGGCCCAACAGACCUCCGGUUCCUGUGAAGUCUCGCUCUGGUCAGCCACAAGAGCUUCAACCAAAGCCUAGAGACUACAGAGACAGCUCAGAGCUCCCAUCCAAGAUACGACCACAAACCAGACCAGGCCAACCCAAAGAUGUGCACAAUGAGUCGUCGCAACCUCUGAAGAUGGGACGGCCUUUAAAAUGAUUUUCUAUUGGUAUGCCAUUGCAAGAUACCUUUCAGCGCUGGUGGGAUAUUCAUAUCUCAUACUUGAAACUCUGUACUGGACACAAGCCAUAAGCUUCUUAAUCUCUGUGUACUCAAAUUAAUAAGUGCAUUACAAUAAAAGAAACUUGGAUAUUGAUUUCAGAAUGAUUAUGAAUGUUUCAACAGUUUGAAUGUUACUGCAUAUAGUAAUAAAUAGAGGAAUCUUUCCAUCAACCUGUGUUUCAACAUUUCAUAUUGCUUAUUUUAUUAAAAGUUGUAAUCUUCUAAUAAAACCAAGUAUUGUACAGUUA